AUGACGCCAGUGUAUUGAAGCACGGCGGCCAUCUUGUUGCUAAAAAGAUCGGAAGCUAACGCAGGAGAGAAAGGAGAAACGGUUUCUCUCUGGAAGCGUAACAAAAGGAUAAGUAAAAAAAUAUGUCCGAUGAUGUUUAAAAAGGACUGAUUUAUCAUUUACUUUAGCUAAAUACAUAAGAUUGUAGUGGAAAAUCGAGUAGACACGACGAAUGAUGACGGACGACGCAGCGAGGGAAGAUGCCUGCAGAGAGUACCAGUCGUCCCUUGAAGAUUUGACUUUCAACAGCAAACCUCACAUCAAUAUGCUGACCAUUCUGGCGGAGGAGAACCUGCAUUUCGCCAAGGAUAUCGUCGCAAUUAUCGAAGCACAAAUCGCCAAGGCACCACCUGCAGAGAAGCUUCCAGUUUUAUACUUAGUGGAUUCCAUUGUGAAGAAUGUUGGACGGGAGUAUCUUGCAACGUUCACAAAAAACCUAGUCCAUACAUUUAUUUGUGUUUUUGAAAAGGUGGAUGAGAACACUAGAAAAAGUCUUUUCAAAUUGCGUUCCACUUGGGAAGAAAUUUUCCCACUGAAGAAACUGUAUGCCUUAGAUGUGCGGGUGAACUCCUUAGAUCCUGCCUGGCCAAUUAGACCUCUGCCCCCAAAUGUGAAUAGUUCAAGCAUUCACGUGAAUCCUAGAUUUUUAAAGCCGAAUGAGGAAAUUACUCCCAGGGCAAGUACCCCACAGGUUGCACCCCACCCAGUUGUAAAUGAGAAGAAUGUGACACAGGAGCAAAUAAUAAGGCAACAGCUGCUUGCAAAGCAAAAACAAUUGAUUGAGCUUCAGCAGAAGAAGCUAGAGUUAGAGCUUGAACAAACUAAAGCCCAAUUGGCUGCUAAUCAGCUGGGAUCCAUCAAGUCACAAGUUAAUGCUCCAAGCCAACCCCAACCCCCCGCUGUCAGUAAAGGAACUCCUCCAGUUGCUGCACCCUCUGACAAAUCUUGGCUUCCACCACAGCAGGAUAUCAGAGUGUCCACAAGAGAUCCUCGUUUGAAUCGGGCUGGUCAGCAGUCUACACCGGUAAAAGAGAAAGUGCCAAAUACAAAGGAAAGUUACAACCUAGGGACUACUUCAAAUGCUCCUGACAAGAAGGCAAAUCCAUCAGCUGACAAACAAAGCAAGACUGAAAAAUCGAAGUCGGUGAAAAAAGAGACAGUAGUAGAAGAUAAGCCAAAAUCCAAGUCACCCUCUCCACUAAAGGCUUUUCAGAGCAAAAGUAAAUGUUCUGAUUUGGACAGCGUCAAGGGACCAGACUUAAACAAAAGAGAUCCAAGGUUACGGAAGCAUUUGCAUGAUAAGGCUGAUGUCAAAGAAGAUGAAAUUAAAGAAAAGAAGAAAGGUGUUGAGAAAAAGGAGAGGGAAGACUCGAGCAAAGCCUCUGAGCACAGAUCUUCAAGUACUAAAAGUAAACUAGCUAAUGGUGCUGUCAACAAACAUGAGAGAAAUGAAACUUCUGAUAAACAGGACCCAAAACUGAGCAAAUCAAAUGCAAGGAAAAGGUCGCGGUCACGAUCUCGGUCACCCUUAUUGCAUUCCCCGAAGAGAAAAGACAGGCGUUCACCGAAGAGAAGAACGCGGAGCAUUUCAUCUUCCCCCCCUAAAUCUGGAAAGGGGAGACAAUCUGGAGGCAGGCAUUCACAUACUGAUGACUUUACUAAUGCAAGAGAUGAAAGAAGUAUCCCGAAAAAGAACACCGGUGAUCCUAGAAGACUCAAGAGAUCCCUAGAGGACAGAAGUGUUGAAUCCAGGGAUUCUCCAAGAUUACCUUUAGAACUGAAAGAGAAUCCGAAAAGAUGGAGGAGCGGAUGGGAGGAAAAUAAACAUAUGAAACAGAAUGAAGAGAAUUUGGCACAUGGAAAACCGGGCCCUCAAAGACACAAAACACCAUGGUCUGGUAAUCAAAGAAUUCCUCGCUUGUCUAAGCAGCACCGAUUAAGUGUGGAUGCCAACCUACAAAUACCCGAGGUGCUAAACUCUGCAAGUAAAAGAGAUCUGCUUAAAAAGGCAAGCAAAAGGCAUGCUGAUGGAGAAAUAACCCAGGAGGAGUUUCUUUGUGUGGCCCACCAAAUUAAACAGCUGUUUCAAUAUCAAGAAGAAAAGCAAAGGUCUGAUUCCUGGGAAGGAAACAGUGAAGAUGGGCAAUAUGGAUCAAAGAAGAAGCCGUUAUUAUCAACACCGCCUUCACAACAUGCAAAUAUGUCAGAUGCUGAAAUAUCUUACUAUGAGCAUAAAGCUAAGUUAAGAAGAACACAGGUCCAGCAUCAAGGUAAUGAUGUUUGGGAUGCAGAUGAGAGUCAGGAAGAGAACUACUCAAAUGCUGAAACACAUGUAAAAGAAUGCGAGGCAUCCAAAGGACACCCUGGACCAAGGAUUGGGGAUGGCCAGUUUAUAAAACGGUCUCCGUUUACAAAAGGGUCUAGGCAUCCUUCUUCCUUAACUGGUAGCAGAUUUCGUGGACAUAAUAAGCAGUUAUCUCAAAACGGUAAAGAGAAGUUGGAAGAGCAUGAUACAUUAGUAGAAAUUACUAAAGAAUUAUCUAGUAAUAAAAGAGAAGUUCCCAGGCAAAGGGGCCGGCCUGGACAGGAUUACAUCAAGACAGAUGAUCUUCGUGAAUAUAGUGGUACUGAUGAAAGGCUAAAGUUUAAGACAGAAGGUGGCAGAGAGCAUCAUUCACCUUACAGUGAUCGACAGCAGCCUUUGAGACCAUCUUAUGAUGGAAAUGAAAAAGAAAGUUUAGGUGCAGCUCAAAGGAGAUUUGGUGGAACAACUGAAGGACCCAAAUUUGAGGAGUCUGCAAAUCAUCCUUGUUCAAGAGUUGAUGAAUCCAGCAAAAAUGACCGAUUAUCCAUUAAAUCAGGUCCUUCCUUUAAUAAUUCACCAGGUCACCCUGACCAGGCAAUUAGUGUUGAUGGACCUUCUGGAAAGUCCCCUGUUCAAGUGUUUGAUGGACCACCUAGCUCAGAACUGGAAAGCCAGCAAUUGCCAAGGCAUGAAGCCAAUCCCAGCCAAAGAUUUGAAGCCACUUCGACGGGUGAUGGUCUUGUCACGCUUCCAGAAAAUGAUGAUCAUUUAAGCCACGAUGUCACUUCCAGGCGCGAUGUACAUCCAGGAAAAGAACGGAUUGGAUCAAAAGGUCAAAUGCUAUGUGAAUCUCCAGGACAUACACCACCACCUGUUGCAGAUGGUCCAUUAAGAUUUGAAGGACAGUUGGUUCCUCAUAGGUUUGAUGGACCACAAGGUCCGCAGCCUUUGAUGAUGUUUGAUGGGCCCAGUGGUCACUUAGGUCAGCCUAGGUAUGAUGCGCCAACAAGACAGCAUGCACAAGGGAGGUUUGAUGUUAAUCUAGGACAACAAGGCCCUGGGAGAUUUGAUGGCCCACCAGGACAUUUAGGGUCAAGAUUUGAUGGACAACAUCAACAGGGUCCAGGCCGAUAUGAUGGCCCACAAGGACCAGGAAGAUUCGAAGGACCACCAGUACAGCAAGCCCCAGUGAGGUUUGAAGGACCUGGUAGAUUUGAUGGUCCAUCUAUGCAACCUGGUCCAGUGAGGUUUGAAGAGCCUCAGGGUCAGCAGGGUCCAGGCAGAUUUGAUGGACCUCAUCAGCAAGGUGUAGGUAGAUUUGAUGGGCCACUUGGACAACAGGCUCCAGGGAGAUUUGAUGGGCAAGGUCCAGGUAGAUUUGAUGGGCCACAGAUGCAUCAUGGACCUAGUAGAUUUGAUAGCCCAAUGAGAUUUGAAGGCCCCCAUAUGCAGCAAGGUCCUGGUAGGUUUGAAGGCCCCAUGAGAUUUGGUGGUCCACAGCAAGGACCAGGAAGAUUUGAUGUGCCUUCAGGGCAGCCGGGUCCGAUGAGGUUUGAGAGCCCAGUGGGUCAGCAAGGUCCAAUUCGGUUUGAGGGCCCUCAAGGACAGUUAGGUCCUGGGAGAUUUGAGGGGCAGUCAGUGCAACCGGGUAUGACAAGAUUUGAUUGUCCACCAGGUCAGCAAGGUCAUCCCAGGUUCUGUGGACCUCAAAACCAGUUGAGACCACAGGUUCCAUCAAUGUUUGAUGCACCUCAGGGUCAGGGACCAUUACAGUUUGAUGGACAGGGCAAUCCUCAACCAUCAAAUUUCAACAUGCCAAAUCUUAGAUUUGGGGAACCUGUAGGCAUGUUUGGUAGCACACCUCAACAGUUCCAAGGACAACAGAAUAUGCCUCAAGGAUCAAAUUUCAAUGGGCAACCAGGUGCUGGCCCCUCUGGUUUUGCAAAUUCAUACUGCCAAUCUGCUGCUCCUUUUUAUAAUGCUGGUGCCACAGUUGGAAACAUGAACACCUCUGUACCAGCUGGAACCAUCAUCCCACCACAACCUAUGAACAUUCUGCCUGGCCUUGCUAAAAACCAACCUCCGACUCCUUACACCCAAGGGCAGCCGUAUAUACCACCGUCUCAGAACCCUGUGCCUUUCAAUCAACCAGGUUCUCAGUUCACACCUCCUGAAAGCCAUUUUGGGCAAGUUGAUGUCAAUGAUCUGUUAUCAAAGCUUAUUUCUACUGGAAUCAUCAAACCUACACAGACUGAAACACCUCCAAGUGAAACAGCUGUACCUCCCCAGUCUCAAUCAGCGGUUGAAGAGGAAGAGGAGGAGGAGCAAGAUGAUGACCAGAAUCUCCCUGAUCUCACUGGUUUUAUGAUUGAGGAUAUGAAACAGCGAUAUGACAGUGUUAUAAAUAGACUUUACACUGGAAUUCAGUGUUAUUCCUGUGGGAUGCGUUUUACGGCUUCACAAACCGAUGUGUACGCGGACCAUCUGGAUUGGCAUUACCGGCAAAACCGAUCAGAGAAGGACAUCAGCAAGAAAGUCACACAUCGGAGGUGGUACUAUAGUCUGACGGACUGGAUAGAAUUUGAAGAAAUAGCUGAUCUUGAAGAGCGAGCAAAAAGCCAGUUUUUUGAGAAAGUUCAUGAAGAAGUGGUGCAAAAGACUCAAGAAGCUGCUAAAGAAAAGGAAUUCCAAAGUGUAAAGGCAGCUCCAGAUGUAGUUCAUGAGUCCUGUGAAAUUUGCCAGGAGCAGUUUGAGAUGUAUUGGGAAGAAGAGGAAGAGGAAUGGCACCUUAAAAAUGCUAUUCGUGUUGAAGGAAAGACUUACCAUCCUUCAUGUUAUGAAGAUUACAAAAAUACAUCUUCAUUUGCGGACUGCACUCCAUCACCAAGUAAUGCCCCGGUGGAAAAUCCUUUAAAUAAAUUAAUCAAGCAAGAAAUUGAAGACCCAUCUACUUGCACCAGUGUUAAAGAAGAGCCAGAUAUACAGAGCAGCUGCACAGAAGAAAAUGUUAAAGAAGAAGUUCAUAUAAAACCGGAGGCUGAAACUCAAGAUGCCAGUGCAAUUAUUUUUUAAAUAAUGCUGCUUUUUGUGUUUUUUAUUAGUAAGACUGCAUAGUACUGUAUUUUUGUUUUG